AUGCCAAAAAAGAUCCUCAAAUUUCACCCACCAGAAGGUGGAACAUUUACGGCGAUGAUUGACAUGAAACUCAGCAAGCGGUACUCAAACCAAAUGCGGCAGGUGAGGGAGGAAAAGGGGGAGGAGUUCGGCCCCGGAUAUUGGACCGAGGAUGAGAUUAUAUCCGCCAUGGAACCGGCAGUAUCGGACACUAUUAAAUCAGGAAUGUUCCGUCGCUCAUCAACCAACAAGAAGGAGUUGACUCUUGCUGAUCCCAGAAUCCUUCGCUCUGCCGACGACAAUUUCCGUCGCGAUUUGCACCACCUAGGCUGGAUGAGGUUUGACUUCACCAAGGAUACAGGAUUGAAUGUCCCUGGAAGUAGAAUAUUGUGGAAAACAAGGCCUGAGGAUGCCUUGGUAAUAGUCAGAAUGAAUUACUUCCGCUUGGUCAAAAUCCUAGACCUUGAGGACGAAGAUUUUCGGCGCUUUUGA